CCUCCGACUGCCUGCCGAAAGUGUAUGUAUGAAAUGUGUGUGUGUAAGGGAGCCGGCAGACUGAAGUGAGCCACAGAGGCAGGCUCCAACAACCCAAUGAGCUUGCAGCCCUCACACUCACACACACUCCUCACACACACUCCUCACACACACACACUCUCCUCAGCGCCGGCUCUGGCUUCAACCCUGGGACACAGAAGAAGAAGCAGGAGAGGGGAGAGAAAGGCAGCGAGUGGCGGAGAGUGAGGGCGAGGGAGUAAGAGAGGAGAGAGGGAGAGAGAGGCAGAGGGAGACUGGCGGGGUGUAGGGGAGAACACCAUGGCUUCAGAUCCAGGGCUGGCUGCGAUGCUGCUAUGGACUAUAUCACUACAGGUUCUGGGCACAGGGGGAACGAACAGCAACGAAGCGAAUCUACUGGACACCACGACCAUCACAGGAGACUGGGGCUGGCUGGCGUAUCCCUCGCACGGGUGGGAUUCCAUUAAUGAGAUGGACGAGUACUUCAGUCCCAUCCACACGUACCAGGUCUGUAACGUGAUGAGUCCGAGCCAGAACAACUGGCUGAGGACGGUCUGGAUCCCCCGGGAGGGAGCCAGGAGGAUCUACAUUGAGGUCAAGUUCACUCUGAGAGACUGCAACAGCAUGCCUGGAGUCCUGGGCACCUGCAAGGAAACCUUCAACAUGUACUACUACGAGUCUGACAGAGCGGUGGGCUCGGCCAUACGGGAGAACCAGUUCGUAAAGAUCGACACCAUCGCUGCUGAUGAGAGCUUCACAGGCGUGGACCUGGGAGUCCGUAGGCUGAAACUCAACACUGAGGUGCGGGGCGUGGGCCCACUGAACAGACGAGGCUUCUACCUGGCCUUCCAGGACAUCGGCGCCUGUAUCGCCCUCACCUCGGUGCGGGUGUACUACAAGCGCUGCGUGGGUGUGAGCCGCAACCUCGCCGUGUUCACCGACGUGGUGACGGGUGCCGACUCGUCCUCCCUGGUGGAGGUCAGGGGUCAGUGUGUGGACCAUGCGGAGGAGAGGGACACCCCCAAGAUGUACUGCAGCGCUGAAGGGGAAUGGCUGGUGCCCAUCGGGAGGUGUGUGUGCUCCGCUGGAUUCGAAGAGCAUAGAGACUCGUGUGUGGCCUGUGAGGUGGGUUUCUAUAAGCCGGUGGCAGGCGAUGGCCUGUGUGGUAAAUGUCCCCAGCACAGCCACUCAGAGACCAGGGCCGCGCUGUCCUGCCCCUGCGACUCCAAUUACUACCGAGCCGCAGAUGACCCACCUGCAGCUCCAUGCUCCCGCCCUCCAUCUGCUCCAGUAAGCGUCAUUUCCUCAGUCAAUGGGACAUCUGUGAACUUAGAAUGGGAUCGCCCUCUUGAUACCGGAGGUCGCAGUGAUCUGCAGUAUAGCGUGUUGUGUAAGAAAUGCUCUGGGGAAGGAGGGCCCUGCGAGGACUGCACAUCCUCUCCAGGAGGCACUGGUGGAGGGAAAGCAGGCGGAGGAGCGAGUAUUGGGGCAGGGGGAGGAGCUAUGGUGGAGCGUUCGGGCACUGCAGUGGUUCGAUUCGUCCCCCGGCAGAGUGGGUUGACGGAGCCGUGGGUGACAGUGCUCAACAUGGCGGCCCACACCAACUACUCCUUCCGCAUCCUGGCCAUGAAUGCAGUGACGCACCUGAGCAACGAGCCAUCACUGUAUGCCCUGGUCAACAUCACAACAAACCAGGCAGCCCCCUCUGAAGUAUUAGCCAUCCGCCAGGAGAACACCAGUCAGAACAGCGUGAUUCUGCUGUGGCAUGAGCCCGACCAGCCCAACGGAGUAAUCCUGGAGUACGACAUCAAAUAUUAUGAGAAGGAUAAUGAAGAGCAGAGUUACUCGACACUGAAGUCUAGAAAUACCAGCUCCCGAGUGUCAGGGCUGAAGCCGGGCACCAAAUACAUCUUCCAGGUCCGAGCUAGAACGUCAGCAGGCUGCGGACGUUUCAGCCAGAAUGUGGAGAUUCAGACGGGGAAAGCAGCUCCUCUGCGCUACAACACCAUGACCAUCGUAUGGAUCUGCAUGGCCCUGGUGUCCAGCCUGGUGACGUUUCUGGCCAUCAUCAUCUGCAGGAAACGGCAAGGCUACACUUUACCACACUACCCAUCGCUGCUACACUGUGGCUACAGUAAAGCCUUCCAGGACUCUGAUGAGGAGAAGAUGCAUUACCAGAACGGCCACGUGUCAUUCCCAGACGCGAGGUUCUAUAUCGACCCGCACACAUACGAGGACCCCUGCCAGGCGGUCCACGAGUUUGCCCGAGAAAUUGAAGCUUCCAGGAUCAAAAUAGAGAAAAUCAUUGGUUCAGGGGAAUUCGGGGAGGUGUGUUAUGGUCGAAUGAGGCUCCCGGGGAAAAGAGACAUCCCAGUGGCCUUGAAGACCCUGAAGGCAGGAUACACAGACAAGCAGAAGAGAGACUUCCUGGCCGAGGCAUCUAUCAUGGCCCAGUUCGACCACCCCAACGUCAUCCGCCUGGAGGGAGUAGUAACUCAGAGCAAACCGGUGAUGAUCAUCACAGAGUACAUGGAGAAUGGCUCUCUGGACUCCUUCCUCAGGAGACACGAUGGCCAGUUCACCAUCAUCCAGCUGGUGGGGUUGCUGCGCGGCAUCGCGGCUGGUAUGACCUACCUGUCUGACCUGGGCUACAUCCACAGAGACCUGGCUGCCCGAAACAUCCUGGUCAACAGCAACCUGGUGUGUAAGGUGUCUGACUUCGGCCUAUCCCGAGUACUGGAGGACGACCCUGACGCUGCAUACACCACCAGUGGUGGAAAGAUCCCGAUCCGCUGGACAGCUCCGGAGGCCAUCACCUACAGGAAGUUCUCCUCCUCCAGUGAUGUCUGGAGCUACGGCGUGGUCAUGUGGGAGGUGACGUCUUACGGGGAGCGACCUUACUGGAACCUCACCAACAGAGACGUGAUCAAAUCUGUGGAGGAGGGCUACAGGCUGCCUGCUCCCAUGGGCUGCCCUGCUGCUCUGCACACACUCAUGCUGGACUGCUGGCAGAAGGAACGCAACGAGAGGCCGCGCUUUUGCCAGAUAGUCACCGUUCUCGACAAGCUAAUCCGCAACCCGGAGAACCUGAAGUCCAUGGACAUGCUCUGCAGUUUAAGCAGUCCUCCGCUGAUGGAGAGAGCUAUUCCUGACUUCAGUAGCUGUAACUCAGUAGACGAGUGGCUGGACACCAUAAAGAUGGGCCGCUACAAGGAGCGCUUUGCAACAGGGGGGUACCACACUCUGGGACACGUCAUAAGCUUGAACCAAGGAGACAUCCAGAGGCUCGGGGUGACGCUGAUGGGCCACCAGAAGAAGAUCAUGACCAGUGUCCAACUGAUGAGGGUGCAGGUCCUCAACAAGAGUGUGCCGUCGGUGCACGUAUAACUGCCACCUCUGCGGUUUUCUUCCUGCUGAAGUCUACAAACCCAGGCUUCUAUAAGGUCCAGAGGGACUCCAUGGGGAACCAGAUGAAAGAUAGAUAAAAGGGAGAGGAAGAUGUUUGGGAACUUUACAGACUUUUUUUUCCUCGAGAGACUGAAGAACGAAACUUGAAAAGGAUUUUAAUCAUGGAGCAAGUAAACAUGACUUCUUAAGGACAUGUCCGACCUUUUCAUUUUUGUUUUCUUAUCCGAUCACAUUUUCUGAGUUUAUUGUCUUAUUUGUAAAUGGAAAGACUGCCUUAAUUACCACAUUUUUUCAUUUUGUAGCCUACGAAGAGAAGAUAAUUUAUCAAUCAUGAAUUUACGAGUCAAAUGAUUUACUGAACCGGGCAAUAGCAAGAGUACAUGGCGCGAAGUGUCAGGGGUGGGAUGGGGAAGGGGGUGGGGGUAGGGUGGAUGUGCUCCAAUGUUCUGAUCGCACUCGCCACCUCUCCUGCAGUAAACAGCUUGCGAAUGGAGAACAGUGACAUAGCGUUCAGCCGAGUUGCCAGAUCGUCUCCGCAGUGGAGAAGACCUAUAUCACCCCAGGCUAUUAAUACCAUCAACAGGCACAUUUCUCCAUGGUCCAGCCUUGAUGAAUGACCCCAAGAGAGCCCUGGAGCCCUCUGCCCAGUUUGACGCUGCACAGCGCACAACUACAGUACUAGGAAAGAUGUGUGUGAUUCAGUUACAGUGCACUUUAUUCUACAAUCUCUGUGUUGGAGAGGCUUUGCAGUCCUGUCACAAGCGUCCCUGCAGCCACAGCUGGAGCCACGAUGUUGGUCUGUUCAAGAAUUAGCUGUUUUAAAAUGUUACAUAAAUAACCAUAUAACAUAAAACCCCAAAAGAUGAUAUAUCUAAAAUAUAUAGUGUUAUUAGCUCACUCUUCUCGUUUGUGUCCAAAUUUCUUUCACUGUAAAAGUGAACCAAAGGGAACAUUUAUUUCAAUAAAAAAAUUAUACGUAUUAUAAUAUUAUAAUAUAUAUAUGCAUAUAUAUAUAUAUAUAUAUUUAAAAAAAAAAUUGGCCUUAUAUGUUAUAAAUAAUGCAUAUGAUGCAUUUUUUGUAGGCUUAUGUUAGAUGAUUUCUCCUUUCAUUUCUUAUGCUGUCUUUUCUCAAACUUAUUGCAAAUGCACUGCUAUUUAAAAUGUGUCUUGAAUCAGGUUUCAAAGUAAACACUGUAUAUUUUAUGCAUUUCAAAUAUUGCAAACCUGUUUCAGCUAUGACUGUUGAAUAUGUAUUCUUGACCUUGGAAAGAGCAGCUCUACACUACAGGAUCACUUAUUAGCACUACUGUUUACUGGUGAAGAACAUGAGAUGGGGCUGAAAGUCCUGGAAAAUAGUAAAACUAUUUUAUCUAUUUGACUUUUAUUGUUUUUCUAGAUCAAAUAUAUUUGAAACUGCUAAAAUAAAUAUAAUAAUACAUUUAUAAUUAUAUAGUGUUCUCACAUAAUUUGAGGCUACAUGCUUUUCCUUGAUUACUUUCAGGAACAGAUAGACAUUUCUAGCAUUCUUGAAAUGCAUCAAAUAUAUUGGAAAUGUAUGAUGGCCAACAAUUUCAUAAAUCAAUCUCAACAUUAAUCUCUGUUUUUGUUUUGUCUGCUAACUACAUAGAUAGCAGCAGGAUAUUUACAGAAGAGCAACUGGGGUUAAUAUUACAACUAGACGCUAACUCAAACUUCUGUCACACUGUUAUAACAAUUGUACAACAGGAGGCUAUUAAUUAGAAAGGCCUACAUUGAUUUGUUAGUAGGUCUUUGCUAAAUAUAUUGAAGUAAAUAGGAAACAGUCACGUGUUUGUGAAAUAUAUUCAGGAAAAGCAGCACAAAAAUGAUGUGUCUGCUGAAUGACACAAGACCUGUUUACAGUGAUCGUCGAGGCCUCCAACAUGGCUGCCAUUGUCCCACGUGGUAUUGGCGAGCCUCUGUUGUCAUCAUAGAAUAAAACAUAUACGAAUUGGAAAGUAGCUCAUUAAACAUUAAAAUAUAACACCUUAUAUCACAAUUUUUCCUAAAGCAUCCCAUGGCUGCCACACCUUGAGAAGUUUGAACAUUUUGAUAUUUUAUAACCCUUGAAAUUCCUUGAUUAGUAAUCCAAUAUUAAUAUGUUAAUAUAAGCUGUACGUCUUUUUAGCCUCCUCCAAAUUAGUCAUUUACAGUUGUGGAGCGUCCAAUAUUCCCAAGGUGGUGUUUCAGCAUCUGUAUAAUAUUUUGCUGGGAGGGUUGUGUCACACCUGAGCAUCCACUUAUCCUCUGGGCAUUUAUGAACACAAUGCUACAGACGCUUGUUUAUUAUUUGGAGCUUACUUGUGGGAUCAGCGUCGGCACUGAUGCCAUUCGAUGCAAUAAUCCUCCGCCCCAGAGAACAUAUCGGAACACAUUUUUAUUGUGAAUGCUGAGAAUAUAGUACACAUAAGCUACGCAGACUGUAAAAUAAAGUGUAACUUCUGAUUACAUGUGACGACACUGUUUGCCUCAGUGUUGAUGAAAGCGGUGACCGUGUAAGUAGAAUGUUUAUAUCUAAAGGCUCUGAACAGAACAUCAUCAGCCCUGGUUUCUACCCUGCUCGGUGCCAUCAAGAGAAGGUAUUUUCUUGUGCGACUCGGUAGGUUUUCCUCGAGAUGGUUGAUGUCAGUUUUUAUUAGAGAAGAACCUCAUGAAAUUUCUUGACUAUGUAUUAUAAUGACAUUUCACGACUGCUUUGGGAAGAUUUCAGUUUUUCCUUAGGGUGAUUUUGAAGACACUGGACCUGGAACUGAAACCCCAUGUUUUAUAAAGUUAGGAUAUGUUUUUGCUAGAUGAAUUGAUUUAUAAUGUAUACAGCAGGUUCAGUCACUGGAAGGAAGAAGAAAAAAAAACUACAACAACCGGAUUAUAGUCACUCUGCAUUAUUUAUUUAUUCAUGUUCAUUUGUUUUUUCAAAUAAUACAACUCUGAGAGGUUUUAUUACAGUUGAUGCAUCAUCCUUGUUGCUAAUGAUAAAUCAUAAAUGUGCAAACUGUCCAUAAAUACACAAUAAAGGAACGUUUGU